AUGGCUAAGAGAAGGAAAAGGAUCAAAAUCCCAGCUCCAGUUACAAUUACUAUUAUAAUUGGCGUGCUCAAUGAAUGGCUUCCACUGUCUCCAGGUGAGCUCGAAGGUGCUGACUUGGGUGGAGACAACCGUUUAUGUGAAGGUGCAGGAGGAGAAAACACCAGCCCCGAACCGGGGGGCGGCGGUGACUGGGGAACGUCUGAUUCGUUAUCAGAAGGUGUUGUUGGUGGCGGCGGGGGCGGGGGCGGAGGAAGAGAUGGGGAGGAAUCAGAUGACGGGGGCGGAGAGUUCUUGUCGCUUGACGAGGGAGGUGGUGGUGACGAGGUAGGAGGCGGUGAAUCGUCCUUUGGCGGUGGUGGCGGAGAUGAAUUGUCCUGGGAUGGUGGUGGAGGAGAUGAAUUGUCCUGUGAAGGAGGUGGUGGUGAAUUGUUCUGUGAAGGUGGCGGUGGUGGUGGUGGUGAAUUGUUCUGUGAAGGUGGUGGUGGUGGUGAUGAAUUGUUCUGUGAAGGUGGUGGUGAUGAAUUGUCCUGUGAUGGUGGUGGUGGAGGAGAUUGGGAGGAAGAUGAAUCGGGCGGAGAUGGCAUCGGGGAAUCGGAAUUGGAAUCAUCGUCAGAAGCCAUGUGGAAGGAUGUCUUAUUCUCCAACAAAAGAGAAGGUCAAAGAGACGGAGAAGCCUGA